CGCUGUCGUGCGCAACCUUAUGUAACCACUCAGCACCGCAUUAAGUCCCAGCUGCUUUAUUCUCAGUUGUAAAAGGUUUAUGGUCGGACAGGUUGCAGAUAGACGAAAGAAACAGCAUCCAUCCUGAGCCAUGCCGCUUGUUAAGCAGGAUAACUCAGAUGAGGCCAGGCCUGUUGGAAAUGGCAAGGCAAAGGAACAUAGAAUCAAAGCAGCUACAGGAUUGGAGACAAUCGCUCCUCUUGUGCGCUCUGUAGAGGAGACCCCUGAACCAAUCACUACCGAAGUGCAGGGCACCAUCCCCUCCUGGAUCAAUGGCAACUUCCUCCGCAAUGGCCCAGGGAAGUUUGAGUUUGGAAAUACACACUACAAUCACUGGUUCGAUGGGAUGGCUAUGCUGCACCAGUUUAAAAUCCAGAAAGGCCAAGUGACGUACAAAAGUCGGUUCCUUAACAGCGAUGCAUACAAGAAGAACAGUGAAAGGGACCGAAUCAUGAUGUCAGAAUUUGGCACGCUUGCCAUGCCUGACCCGUGUAAAAACUUAUUUCAGAGGUUCCUCUCUCGCUUUGAGAUGAUUGAACCUACAGACAAUGCAAGUGUGAGCUUUGUGAAAUACAAAGGUGACUACUAUGUCAGCACAGAGACUAAUUUCAUUCACAGAGUGAACCCAGAGAAACUAGAAUCAUUGGAAAAGGUUGACUGGAGCAAGUUCAUUGCUGUAAAUGGUGCCACUGCCCACCCACACUAUGAUCCAGAUGGCACCACCUACAAUAUGGGCAACUCCUACGGAAGCAAAGGAGCUCUGUACAAUAUCAUCAAAGUACCUCCAGAGAAGACAGACAGCAAAGACACCCUACAGGGAGCCAAAAUCCUCUGUUCUAUUGUGCCUGCUAACAAGUCCCAUCCCUCCUACUACCACAGCUUUGCCAUGUCUGGGAACUAUGUGGUGUUCAUUGAACAGCCAAUUAAGAUGGAUUUGCUGAAAAUAGUCACAUGCAAGCUGAGAGGGAAGGCUUUAAGCAAUGGUAUCUACUGGGAUCCCAAACAGGAAACUGUCUUCCAUCUUGUUAACAAGCACACAGGCAAGGUCAGCCCUGUUAAGUACCACACCAAAGCCAUUUCAAUCUUCCAUCAAAUCAAUGCCUUUGAGGAGGAUGGAUUCUUGAUGCUUGAUAUAUGCUGCUCAGAUGAUGGACAAGCCAUCAACAAUUUCCUCAUUCAGAACUUACGCAAGUCUGGAGAGGCACUAGAUGAAGUGUACAACACAACCGACAGGACUUACCCUCGCCGUUUUGUCCUGCCCCUGCAUGUGACCAAUGAAACCCCAACAGGCCAGAACUUGAACACUCGACCCUCCAGUGAGGCAUCCUGUGUUAAAAUGAGUGCAGAAAAGGUGUUCUGCCAGCAUGAGGACCUCCAUGGAGAUGACCUCUGUGAAUAUGGUGGCCUGGAGUUUCCUCAGAUCAACUACGAAAGAUGCAACACUCGACCGUACCGUUAUUUCUAUGGCUGUGGCUUCAAACACCUGGUGGGAGACUCGCUGCUCAAGAUGGACUUGAAGGACAAGACGUUCAAGGUCUGGUACCAGAAGGGGUUUUACCCGUCAGAGCCUGUCUUUGUGCCGACACCUGACGCUGAGGAGGAGGAUGAUGGUGUUAUCCUGUCUGUGGUUCUUACACCAUCACGGGAUAAAGGAACUUUCCUCCUGGUUUUGGAUGCCAAAACAUUUGAGGAGUUGGGAAGAGCCAAUGUGCCUGUUAACAUGCCUUAUGGCUUCCACGGUACCUUCAGUGUCUCUGCAUAAACCUGCUAUAUUCAAAGUCUUUCUGGUACUAAACGUAAUACCAAGAAUGAAGAGUAUUAAAAAGCAACCACUAUAUUUGUGAUAUUAUGCUAUUAUGUUACUACUGUGUUAUAUGCUGAAAACAGAUUUAAUACCAUGUUACUGACUUUAUACUUAUUUUGUUAUAUUUUAGAUAAAUAAUAAAAGAAUAAUAAUAUUGUUUUUAGUAAACACGUAUCUUUGAAACACAUCACAGGAGGAUGCUUCAGUUUGAAAAUUUGGUGCAUCAACCCUGUGAAGUUAAUUCUGAACAAAAUCAGCUGCCAAAAAUAUAAUUUUUUUAAAUAUAAAUAUCUACUUUGUAUGUCUGUAUGCUUUAUAUUUUCUUAACACAAACCAUGCUUUUUAUGCCGUCAAUUACUUUUAUAUUCUCUUUAAUUAAACGUUUUAUUAAAUUUUACUCCUG